AUGUCGAGCAGACAGCUGCGCAAGCUCCAGCAGCAGCGCGAGCUCGAGAAGGCGAGGGCGCUCGACAUCCAGGAGGAGAGCUCAGACGAGGGCGAGGACAUCGGACCCCCAGGGACCGCGGCGAAGCCCCGGCCAAACUUGUUCGCGGCGCUUGGUGGUGAGGACGAGGACCAGGAUGAUGAGGCAGCCGCAGAGGACGAUGGCGGCGACGAUGCGGAUGAGAAUCACGAAGCGCAGCAGGAGGAGGUGAUUCAAACGCAGCCUCAGGCAAGCUCGAAGAAGAGCAAGAAGAAGAAAAAGAAGAAGAGCAAGGCCGCCGAAACAGUCCCUGCGGAGACCCCCGAAAACGACGAGGACGAGAUCGACAAGGCCAUGAAGGACCUGGGGCUUGCCACGGGCGACCCUUCCCAGGCGGCAACGCAGUCAGACGCUGUCGGGGGCCGUGGACCCGCGACGCGCCUCAAUGAGCUGCUGGGCAUCAAUCUCUACCACCUGCGCCCCGUGAACGAGAUGCGGAACCUCUUUGGCCGCGACGUCAUCGAGUCAGCCAACGCUGAGGAGCAGCGACAGCAGCAGGAGAACCUUCGACGGAACAGGACGCGCGGGCCAGUGAUUCGGGACGUUGACCUCGAAACGUACCUGCGGGGGCCGCCGGGCGCUCCCAAACUGCCCGAGGUUUCCCUGCGUCGCAACAUCUUCGUCCAGGGGCGAGAGCACUGGCCGCGCCAGACCGCUGGCGGUUUGACCAUGAAGCAGGUCGGCAGCGGUGACGCCGACGGGUCCACGGAGUAUGCCUACGUCCACGAGAAGCAGUACGACGACAUGCAGGCUCUCUUCUUCGCCUGCGUCCAGAUUGGCGACCCGAAUCGCAUGAUCCAGCUGCUCAUGCAAGCGCCUUACCAUGUGUCGACAUUGCUGCAAGUAAGCAGCGUAGCCAAGCAGGACCAGAACAUGGCCCUGGCAGGGGAGCUGUGCGAGCGCGCCCUCUUCACGUUCGGGAGGGUGACGACGUCGACGUUCCGGCAGGACGUCGAGCACGGCCGGGCUCGUCUCGACUUUCGCCGCCCCGAGAACCGGCAGUUCUGGCUCGCGGGCUACCACUUCCUCAAGAGCCUGAUCCGCAAGGGCACGUACCGAACGGCGCUGGAAUGGGCAAAGCUCCUCCACGCCAUAGAUCCGCAGGGCGAUCCCUACGCCAUGAAGCACUUUAUACAUUUUCUGGCCAUACGCGCGUACGAAUCUCGUUGGCUCAUAGACUUCCUCGAGUCGCAAUCCGGCAAUGAUGCCGACGGAGGCGCCGAGUAUCUCCGCCAGACGCUGGUGUUGGCCAAGCUUCAGGCGGGUGAUGUGGACGGCGCACGUCAGGAUCUUGCACAAGGGAUUCAGCGGCUGCCGUGGCUGUACUGCGCGCUGUUCCAGGACCUUAACCUGGACGCGCCGCCCUCCAUCUGGGGCAUCAGCGCAGACUCGAACGCGCGGUCGUUCUGGACAAAGCUGUACAUAUACCAGACGAAGGACCUGUGGAACAACACCCAGGCGACCUCGCUGCUCCAGGACGUUGCAAAGAGCCUCAACAAGGUCGACACGUCGAAUCUACCGCAAGACGAUGCUCCGCCGGGCCUCGGGCCGACCAGGCUGGCAUACCUCGAAGGCCAGACAUCCCUGCUCGCCGUCGCGCCGCGAGCGCUCCUGGAGAGCCAGCCAAACUACGAAUUCGACCCCCUGCCACCGCCAGAGAAGGACAACAUCUUCACCAGCGAAGGCACGCAGCUGCCGUGGCGCGAUGACCAGCAGCGACGGCAGACCCACGGCCGGGACGCCGCGCUGCUCGCGCGGGUGCAGGACAUGCUGGCGGCCCACGAAGUGCAGAUCGGGGCCGGGGGCAACCAGGCAGGAAAUGCAUUCCUCGGCCAAGAUGAGGACGAGGAUGAUGACGAGAUACGAGCCCUGCGGGAAGCCGACGACGAAGAGCUACGGCAUGACAUUGAGGCUCACAUGGGCCGUGGCGGUGAGCCGGGGAUCCUGGCCACGCUGAUGCAGAUGCUCGGUGUAGGGCGGAGCGCGGGACACAGCGGCGACGAGACGGCCGUCAACGACGACGACAGGGGCAAUGGCGAAUCUGCCCCGAGACAGCCGCCGCGAAGUCAACAAAGCACUGAAAGCACUGAGGACCUCCCCGGGGCCUGGCCAACGGACGACGACGGCGACGCUGGCCCGACGGGCCAGGCCCGCGACGGGUCGACAUGA